AUGCAAAGAAGCUCUGGCGGUAAGAACAAAAUCGUGUAUCUGAUACCAUUUCCUUCGCUGACGACACGGUAUCGUAGCCGGCCAAGCUUCUACAAAGUCGCUGCCAAAUAUGGAACAGACAAAGUCACAGCGCACAGCUACCACCACAUGUACGAAAAGUACCUGCCGGCAUUCCGGAUGAAGCGCAUCAAGAUGCUCGAAAUUGGCCUUGGUUGCGACAUGGGAUACGGUCCUGGAGCGUCCUACAACCUCUGGCUUGAGUAUUUCCCCUACGUGGAUCUCUACUUCAUCGAGUAUGACGAACGCUGCGCAAGGAAGUGGGCUCGCAAGACGAGCGGAGCGACCAUCUUCACUGGAGACCAAGCGGAUGAAGCGUUUCUCGAAGAGUUUAUCACAGACUCUGGUGGUAAUUUCGACAUCAUCAUCGACGACGGUGGCCACACGAUGGAUCAGCAAAUCAAAUCUCUUGAGCAUCUGUGGAAGACCGUAAAGCCAGGUGGCUACUACUUCUGCGAAGACAUGCAGACCAGCUACUGGGACAGCCACGGAGGUGGACCAACUGCGUCCAAGAUGAAUGGGAACCAAACGUUUGUCCAGUUGGUCAAUGAGAUGGUCGAAGACAUGAACUCAGGUGGAAACAGAGUCCAAUUCGACGGUGCUGGAGAAGUCCUGGGUAUCGAUUGUAUGGCGGAGGUUUGCGGUUUCUGGAAGAGACCAGAAGGACCAGAUAAGCCUGCGGUGGGAGAGAAGCCAGGAAAGGGUGGUGUAUGA